AGUAUCUUCCCGGAAACGGUCUCACUGCAGGCCUGUGAUACGAUCUACGGCGCCCACGCGCAGCCAGUGGCGAGUUUCGGCCGUGACGCGCGUCGCUAGUACCCGCCCUCACCAGUCGCAGCCCGUGUUUGCUGCACAGGGAUUCCGUAACCCGGACAAACAGAAGCCAGACUUCAGUCCACACAUUCAUCCAUCAUCGCUAUGGGAAUUAUACCGCUGCUCUUCCAAGACGAAGCGCCCAUGCCCUACUACUUGAAGCCGGUUGACUCCGCGGCACAGACUAUAAAAAGGCGUCAGUGGACAUUAACGUUAUUUGUGAACUGAAAGGACAAUGUGGCGCCUCUUGAUGCGAUGAUGGUGAUGCUCCACCUAUGAAGAUCAAAAGUAACAGAGGUAGAUCUGGGCAUAUUUCAACAAGAGUGAAUCGAUUGAGACUCUGCCUGGAAACAUGUCUGUGAGUUUGACAGUGGUGCUGCUGUGGAUUUCAUUUGGUGGCUCCUUAACCCACACGCUGACCCCCAGCCCGACCACAGAGAAGCUCCUGUCUCCGCGACACUAUAACCACAUUGACCCCGCCACUGGGAAGAAUCUGAUUUGCAACAAAUGUCCGGCAGGCACCUACGUGUCUUCUCACUGCACAGAAUCCAGCAUGCGAGAGUGCAACCCCUGCCUGGACGGCACGUUCACCCGUGGUGAAAAUGGCGUAGAGCAGUGUCACCGUUGUCAGAGACGCUGCCAAACACCUUUUAUCGAAAAGACGCCUUGUACGUCAACCACGGAUCGGCUGUGCGUGUGCCCGUCAGGCAGCUUCUCCCAGGGUGGCGAGUGUGAGCGGCAUUCGUCGUGUCCACCAGGGAGGGGCGUCAGAAAAGCCGGAAGCGAAACGGAGGACGUGCGCUGUCGAACGUGUCAGCGCGGUACCUUCUCUGAUGUAACAUCGGAUGUUCUGCGGUGCCGAGCUCACAUGGACUGCCAGACUCUGGGUUUGACGCUGUUGAUUAAGGGUACCGACAAAACAGAUAAUGUGUGCGCACCGACUCCAGCGGGUUCUGACUCAGGACCGGUUGGAGAGGCCCCUGUGUCCACGAUUUCCAGCAAUGAGUCAGCACAUAGAGAAAGUACUGCAGUCUCACCAGCUGCAGAAAUCCAAGAGCUAUUAGUCCUGGCUCUCAACAUUACAGAGACUGCCGUUGGAGACACAGACGUUUCCACAACUACGGCUUCUCCCGAUGAACUAACCCCAAUCCAAACUUCUGCUGCUCAGGAGCUUCCCAAAGGACUCCACAAAUUAUCCUUGUCACAAGAUUUCCAGCGGGCCGAGCAACCAGCCGUGGACACGCUUUCCGACGGCAAGGCACAGGGACGGGGCUUUCGGCCCAUCCGCAAGGGUUCUCCAAGGCCCAACAGUCACAAGCACUUUGACAUCAAUGAACACCUGCCCUGGAUGAUAGUGCUGCUGCUUCUGCUGGUGCUGAUGGUCAUCGUUGUGUGCAGCGUGAAGCGCAGUUCACGGGUGCUAAAGAAGGGACCCAGACAGGAUCCUAGUAGCAUUAUGGAGAAAGCCAUCCACAAGAAACCCAGUUCUCCAGCCGAAACCAGAGAGAGGUGGAUCUACUACUCUAACGGCCAAGGUAUUGACAUCCUGAAGCUGGUAGCAGCUCAGAUCGGCAGCCAGUGGAUUGAUAUGUACAAGUCACUGGCCAGUGCCAAUGAGCGCGAGGUGGCUGCCUUUUCCAAUGGCUACUCAGCAGAUCACGAGAGUGCGUACGCCGCUCUCCAGCACUGGACCAUACGUGAUAGUGACGCAAACCUGGCUAAGCUGAUCAAUGCCCUUCACCGCCAUCGGCGCAUCGACGUGGUGGAAAAGAUACGUAGUGUCAUGGAAGACAAUCCUCAGGUUGACCUAAACAAGCUGAUGACUGCUGUGAAUGUAGCCCAAUGCUUGAGCCCCAGCCAUAAGCCUUUAGAGUCACCCAGCAUUGUGGUGGAGCAGUCGCCCAGCGAUCGCUCCAAGGGAUUCUUUACCGACGAAUCAGAGCCGCUUCUUCUGCGGUGUGACUCCACUUCAAGCAAGGACUCUGCCCUCAGCCGGACAGGCUCUUUCAUAACCAAAGAAAAAAAGGACACUGUGCUGCGACAGGUGCGUGUGGACCGCUGCGACCUACAGCCUAUCUUUGAUGACAUGUUGCACAUCCUUAACCCAGACGAGCUCCACGUCAUUGAGGAAAUCGCUACGGCAGAAGACAAGCUAGACCGCUUAUUCGAGAUUGCCGGGGUGAAGAGUCAAGAAGCAAGCCAGACUCUGCUCGACUCGGUCUAUAGCCACUUGCCUGACCUCCUUUAGACCUCUGCAACCUCGUCAUCUAUAAAACCACAGUGAUGGACACUCUUAUGUGCGCUCACAGUUUUACGUCUUAUUCAGUUCAACAUGCACGCAACAACCAAAACUCUGGAAUGCUCCUAAAGGAGUUUCUCUGUAUCAUUCGGAGCUUCUUGUCUGUGUGCUGGAUUGGACACAGCUGGUGUCCAUGCUAUAAUCUCUCUAAUAAGUAGCAUAUUGUUGCACACACAUGAUGUCUAACUCAACAGCUAUAAAAUGUAAUUUAUUAACCAUCUCUGUAAACAUUUGGUCAUUUGUUAUUGUGUUUUUUGCAUUACGACUAACCAGUUAAUGUUGCCCAAUCAACAAGGUAUUUUUGUUGUUUUUGUUUGUUUUGUACAUUCUUAAGUAGGACCACUGUAGCUAUUUUAGAGUAUACGUUGUAGUAAUUUAAUUUGUGUGCUAUGUGAUUUCAAGGGCAUUGAAAAUCAUUCCUGUUGGUUACGUUGCAGAUCAUGACUGUUUAUGUGCAUUUAUUAUACUCUUUUUAAAACAAGCUGAUCCCUCCAUGAUAAUCUUUUGAAGGAGUUAGAAUCCUGUCAUUUCACAUGUGCUAGAGUGCCACCAAAAUACAUUUCACAAAAUCAAGUAUUUUAGAAAUCAUAUUCAAACAUGACAAUAUAGAGAAUGUCCUUUUAAAAAGCCACUCUGGUGCUAGAUGUGGGAUUGUGGACAAUUUUACCCCAAUAGUACGGUAUGGCCAUUUAACCUCUGAACUUGUGGGCCAAAAAAUUUUAUUCAGUUAGUGGAUCUCUUACCCAUGAAGAUGAGCUGUUUGAAAAUACAACAUGUUUAGUGGAACGUUAUGUAUGUAUUCUUAUGGCUGUUUCCAGAUGUAACACAUGUAACCAAGACAUUUAUUAUUAUUGUUAAUGAUGAUGUAACCUGAGAAAGCAGCAAAAUAAAGUUUUUGUCAUAACUA